GAAAUAUUUCCUUGACUCAUUCGAGCUCUUCGACAGCCCCCACACUGGUGAAAGAUAGCGAUGACAUCACAGGAGCCCGGACAGGCACCACCUCCUCCAGGGGGACUCGAUCUCUCGCACUGUGCGCUCCUACUGCUCGCGCCUAGUGAGGAAAGUAACGGAACAACAGUUAUCAGCAUGAGGACAGGGACUACCUACACUACACUUAGGGUACCGCUACGUACUGCGUGUUAAGACUCGGUUUCAAGCACAGGCUGACAGCCUAGGAGAAACUUUAUUCCUUCAUCCAAAUCACCUCAGGACGCAUCAACACAGGAUCAUUCACCACCAGCAUGGCAGAAGAGACACCCAGGGGCAAAAGAAGAAAGCAGCCAUACCCUAGGAGAAAUCACGGUGCGUGCCAUGAGACACUGGCUGAGCUUGGAUCAGACGAAGAGGAUGAACAACACAAGUUAGCUGCAGAAGGUAGUAGUAUUGUCAAUGGAUAUCAAGCAUGGGACUGUAAUCCUAUGACAACUAUUGGACAGAAUUCCCCACAAUAUAACAGCCCCAAGUCUGAAGCACCUACACAAAAACAAAAGAAAGAUUUAACUGAAGACACGUGGGACAUCGAAGACAGCUGCAGUCCAAAUCAAGGAAUGAAUGGAAGCUCUGCUGCAGAAAUUGAGCAAAACUCAGAAAAGAGAAGACCAAGACAUCCUGCCAGUAGUCCUGACGUAACAGAUUAUGCACCACAUAGUGGAACACACACAAUCCAUCAUACAACAAGAGAAUCCAUGGCUCUGUGCAGAACUCCAGAACCAGAAGGUCAGGAUGAUAGAGAUGCUUCAGCAGACACAAAUGAAGCCUUUGCCCACCUUCUCACUUGCUCAUACUGUGGACGGGGCUACAGGAGACCAUCCUUCUUACGAGAACAUAUCAGGUAUCGCCAUGAGACAGAAGGGAAUUUUAUCUGUCCGCUGUGUGGAUACACAGUACACUACCGUGGCCACUUAGAACGCCAUAUGGCUAUCCAUAGCCACAGCUCAGAACAUAUUCAGAAUCAGUGUUCAGGAUAUGACCAUAAUGGUGACAAUCGAAAAUUCAAGUGUUUCGAGUGUGGAAAAGCAUUUAAAUAUAAGCAUCACUUGAAGGAGCACCUACGUAUCCACAGCGGUGAGAAGCCAUAUGAAUGCCCCAAUUGCAAGAAGAGGUUUUCACACUCCGGUUCCUACAGUUCUCACCUAAGUAAUAAGAAGUGCCUCCCUGCUGGGUUUGCAAAUGGUCAAACAUCAUGCAGCACAAGGGGUCCCACAUUGGUGACUACCUCCACUGCUCCUACUAACAGCUCAGCUUCCAUUCCCCAUCACCAGGAAAUACCUUCUGCAAAAGAGACAGCCCAUACAACACAUGAAAAAGCAUUGGAUUACACAGAGAAAAACAGAUAUACAUGGCCAUAUGCAAAGAUGGAGAAUGGUGAUGACCUUACCCUCAUAAAUCAGAAUUCUACCAUGUUUUUUCAACAUCACCUAAGGGACUUCACCAAGAACUCAAACGUUCCUCUGCAUUACCAGAUGUUAAACCAAAGUCCUGAUAAUGGUCUUCAACAUCUUAACUUUAGGAAACAAUAUUAUGAAUAUUUGCAGAAUAUAAAAGGAACAUAUCUAAAAGAAAACGGUUUACACUCGUACCUUGAAAGUAAAAUUAAGGAAAUGAAUGUUGAUGAACUAAAGUUGGAACCAGAGUUGACAGUUCCAUCCACAAGCUUCAGUCCUUAUAAACAUUAUGAGCAAAUGUUUCCAGGAAUCUUUGGUUUUCAUAAACUGAAGGAAGACCUUAGAAAGAGUUUAUUGACAAAACAAAGACUCUCCCCUGAUCACAGUGAUAUCUAUGAAAAGAAAAACAUUGACCACUCAGAGACAUGUCCAAACCAGGGUGUAAGUGGUACUACUAAACAGACAGUUUCAGUAAAUCUUCCAGUAAGGACUGCAAGCGUGGAGAAGCUUACUCCUUAUGAACAGACUUGUAGCCCUAACCUCAACAAAGAGAAAGGUCAAAUCUCUUUAGAGCAAGACUAUAAUAAUGAAUUUUUGGAUACCAAGUAUCCAACAGGUGAAAACGAAUGGCCUUUGAACUGUUCAACUAAAGACACUAAAGGUUUUCUGCAAAAAUCUGUGCCUGUUUUAGGGGAACUGGUUACUUCAUCCCAUUGUAAGUCCCAGAGCCUUGAGGUCAGCCUUUCGAGUGAAGUGAACCCUUCUGCUAACAGCAACUGUAAUCAUAAAAGCAGAAGUUUUCUGUCACCCAGCCUUUCAUUGCAGUCACCUAAGAGUAACCCCUGCACCCCAAAUAGUUCUACCUCAGAGGAUUCCCAAGCUGAGCCUCUGGACUUGUCAAUCCCUAAGCAUGCAAAGGGGACUAAUCAUAUUUCUCCGGCACUAAGUAGGAUCAAAUGCAUGCGUCAAGGUCAAGAAAAGAGCAGUGAACGUUUAACUCCAAAAAGGUCGACAGACCAUAAGCCAGACCAUGAGGCAGCAUUUCAGUUUGGUUCUUUACCUCCAAGUUCUGUUUAUACAGCCUUUUCCCCUCUAAACCCUAUCAUACCAGGAGCUUUUAUGAACUUACUACAUGAAGGACAGCCUGCCCUCCAUGUAAAUCCAGGUUUCAAUGGAUUCAGCUUCCUUUCACCACUGGCAUACAUGUAUGACAUGGACUCAAACUUCUUUCACUCCGAUAGGCAUGUCGACAAAUUCAUGACUAUGGAGAGGAAAAAUAAACUGAUUGUCAAAGGACUCUUGAAACCGAACUUUGAGGAAGCUCUGUGGAGUGCUUCUUCUUCUUCAUCCAGUAAGUCCUCUUCUUCUAAAAAGGACAAACCAACUAAAAGGCCAUCUCCUGUCUCUUUGGCUCAGUAUGAGCCACCUGAAAAAUUGACAAAAAUUUCACAGGCAUCGACCUCCUCAGCUCCACAGCCUUCAGAACUGACAGAGAUAAUUAUUAUUGAUGAACCUAGUUCUUCGGCUCCAAGAUCUUUGGAACCGAAAGAAACUGUGACUCUGAGCCAUUCCAUUGAACUUCCACCAGUCUCCCAUACUUUGAGAUCUCCCAUUCUGGAGCGAUCUCAUUCACCAACCCUAUCCUCCAGCCAAGCUGGAUCUUCGGAGCCAGAGUGCCUAGUGCCACUUGCUGCAGACCCUUUGGUUCUGGGACCCCUUCAGGAAAUUCUGGAACUGAUCUCUGCUCCGACACUCUCUGUGCCAUCCGGGGUGUCUAGGAGACGAAGUUCUCCAGUUGGCCCCGGGGAGGAUGCUCGGACCCGAGCUGCUUCGGUUCUGAGUCUACUCCUCAGUGCUUCAGCUUGGUUGAGUUCGGCUCCUACAUCAGGCUCGGAGCCGGUCUUUCUGGAGCUGGGGGUUUCCUCUGUUUCCACGGAACCAGGGGUGUCCUUGGAGUCAGUGGGUUCUGUUUUCGAGCUGAUGAGGAGUGUGCUGUCCUCUCUUACAGCUCUACACAUGGAUACUGGUAUUCGUCCCCCCAAAGCACUGGCUACUGUCUCAGCACCACCACAUCCAUCAGACAGCAGAGAUUCAGAGCCUCAGGGACCCCCAUUAGGUGAACCCCACUCUUCCAAGACCUCCCCAGAAUACCCUUCUGAGGAACCCCCUCAGAAGAAAACAUACAAGAGGAUGCAUAUAGACUCUCCUGACGAGUCCGUUACCUCAGACACUUACCUCGAAGAGUCGGAAGGGUCCCCAUGGUCAUUUUCUGAAGAUAUCAUCUUUGCAGAUAUCCUUGAGAUCCUACAACAGAGAGGCUGCUGGAACACAAUCACCCCUUCUGAUAUGGAGUUGCUGUUACUCAUGUAUAUUUUUUUCUUCACUAAGGGGGACACGUGCAACAGAAACAAGGGUGAAUACCCACUCUUACUAGAUGAUGCACCUGAUCUGGAUUUGGGCCCAUGUAGGAAGCGCCUGAAGAAGACAGAGGAUGGACUGUACGCAUGUGACAUCUGUGACAAAACAUUCCAAAAAAGCAGCUCACUUUUGAGACACAAGUAUGAGCACACAGGAAGACGGCCUCAUCAGUGUGAAAUCUGCAAAAAAGCCUUUAAGCACAAACAUCAUCUGAUUGAACACUCGCGACUACACUCAGGAGAGAAACCCUAUCAAUGUGAUAAGUGUGGCAAGAGGUUUUCCCACUCUGGUUCCUACUCCCAGCACAUGAACCAUCGUUAUGCGUACUGUAGAAAAGACAUGGACAGCAGUGUAGAAGAAAGCCAUGGGGAAGAAGCUGAACUGGAGGAGUUUCCACUGGCAAGUGCUGAGACUGGACUAUAUUCCAGCCACUCAAAGCAUCAGGACCAGAACUUGGAAUCAGAACCUGCUUCAGAAGAUCAAGUGUAUGGUUGUCCAAAAAGAGGAGUCAUCAGUCCCACUUUUUCCCCAGAUUACACAAAGGAAGCUUUAGCAGGACUUGAACAGACUGUAAAUUGAUGUGAUUACUUUAACCAUCUUGUUCCCUCAGUAGGUCCAAGGUAUAAGCAAAUGAGACACUAGACUUGACAGCAGUAUUCUGCUGAAUUGUCACUGGUUAGAAGAGGGGGUUGGGGAUAGUGCCUUUCUUUCAUGGUGCGAGUUUCAGGCUCAAGUCUUUUGAUAAAAUGAGCAGGAGGGCUGAAAAUGAAUAUGAAUCCCAAAGGGACCCAUUUAUAUAAAAAUAUAGUACUUUCCACAUCUCAUUAUUAUAAACGAUUAACAUAUGACAUGUUAAAUUCAUGUGAGGCUUAUAAUGGUAAAAAAGCCAUGUAAAAAUUAAACUUUGUAAUAAUUCUCUGUCAUAAUUAAAACCCCAUUAAAGUGUAAAAAAAAGUUUAAAAUGGUCAACCUCAGCUUUAGAUGAUUAAAAAAAAGAAAAAGCAAUUUAGAAGAAUUUUAGAGAAUUUUUUUUUAUUCCAUUCCCUAGUGCUUACUAUUCUCCAUUAUUCGCUGUGGUAAAUAUACUCAUACACUCAUAACAGUAUAAGGUCAAAACAGCAAGACAAGCAUGCAAUUUCUGAUUUCAGAGAGACAUAAAAUACUUUGUUUUAUACUAUAGCUGAAGCAUACCAGAAACCUGACAGUCACAUUGUUUCCUUGUCUUUUAAUAGAAAU